CUCAAAAGCUGUACCUCUCCGAAAAGGGAUCCUGAAAAUCAUCGCGGCCAAAAGUUCAAAAAGGUGGAAAGGUUUGACAACUAAGAAAAUGUAGAUGAAUUCAAGAAGAUGAAACGCAGAAAAGAACAUGUGAGCAGACGAACUGCGUUUUUUUCUCUGCUCCUCGUGGCGCACGACGCCCAUGGGUCAGGUCGCAGUCUCCUAUCCCGAACGUCCACCAAGGCAUCCACGACUACGAAGAUAGCGCUGGAACUAAUAGGUGGAGGCAGCGCUCAGAAGUCUGAGCCCUGGCGACGCAACAAACUGGUUUCGUCUCGUGGUAGGGCAUUACAUCCGCAUUUCGCUUCCAGGCCAACGCAUGAUCCAAGACUCACGUUUGAGCAGGAUCUGAUAUUAGCUACGAAUACCGUCAGAGCACGUGCAGGAUUGCCAGCUUUAGAGGCCUCUUGGGAUUUGACACGUGCAGCGGAGGAGCAUGCUAAAGAACUUUGUGCGACAGGCGUGUUUGAACACUCGAGUACUGUUUAUGGGAAAGUGAGAUCGAUAGUAGUGAGUUGAAUGUUAGUUCCCGUUCUCCUUGCAUCCUAGUAUAAAUGUUACUCCACUUUUGAUUUCAACAUUCUCUUGCUCUGUACUAGAUUUAAAAGAUCACCUCCUCAUCGAAAAUGAAUCGACUUUCAAACGACUCACUUCUACAAAUCAUAAGUAUAAUCUAUCAUCCUCUUUCAUACUCCCGCUCGCCACAAUGGCCGCAUCCCCGAUACACCCGAAGACUACAUAGGCGAGAACAUUUACCAAGUUUCCGGUAUGGACCCGACUGGAACUGAUGUGGUGGACGCCUGGUACGCGGAACUCGAUACGCCCUAUCACUACGGUCCGGUGGGAGCGGCGUGUGUGACUUCGGGAUGUGCUAGUGGUAUGGGUGGGUCGAGUGCUUCGACAAGUAGAUCUUCGAUGUCUUUGCAAGAUCAUGAGGAGCUGCUGGGUGCUUCGACAAGUAGAUCUUCGAUGUUUUUGCAAGAUCAUGAGGAACUGCUGGGUGGUUCGAGGAGUUCUUCUUCGAUGUUUUUGCAAGAUCACGGGGAUAAGAUAGUUCCGUUGAAAAAUAUCACGACUAUGCUGUUGAAGCAGGCAUCCGCAGCAAGAAAUAUGAUCUCCACAACCGCAUCCAGCACAAAGAUUUCUUCGGCUGCUGUCACGAGCACGACAAAGAGCAGCAACAAUGCAGUCUUCUCUUGUGCGGUCGGUCACUUCACACAACUUAUGUGGGAGGAUACUACAGAGUUGGGAUGCGGAAAAGCCCACUGUGGGAGCGGGAAACACGCGGAGAAGACGUUUGCAGUUUCGUGUCGCUAUCGGCAGGGUGGCAAUUUGGUGGGGAAAGUGCCGUUUGAUGCCACAGCUGCGACGCUGCUUGGGUUAGGUGGGGAAAUAUGCUCGAUUGGAAGGUGAUGUUGUUACAACAUUCUAGAAAUUACUUUUUUCCAAAUUUUGUUGAGAUGACUUUUUUCCAAAUUUUGUUUUCCGGAUUCAGAGAAAUAUAUUGAGCUAUGU